UCUUCCGUCGACGUGGACCGGAAGUGAUCACUCGUACUGCUACGUGGAAGAAGCUUCCUAUGUUUGAGAGUCAGCUGGCCUCAUCCCGGAGAACUAUCUUGCAACAAUGAUUAAGAAAUUUGACAAAAAAGACGAGGAAUCUGGAAGCGGGUCAAACCCCUUCCAGCAUCUGGAGAAGAGCGCCGUCCUACAGGAGGCGCGUAUCUUCAACGAAACUCCCAUCAACCCAAGAAGAUGCCUUCACAUUUUGACCAAGAUCAUCUACCUCCUUAAUCAGGGGGAGCACUUCGGGACGACAGAAGCUACUGAAGCCUUCUUCGCCAUGACCCGACUAUUCCAGUCCAAUGACCAAACUUUGAGAAGGAUGUGCUACCUGACCAUAAAGGAGAUGGCCAACAUCUCGGAGGACGUCAUCAUCGUGACGAGCAGCCUGACCAAGGACAUGACCGGCAAGGAGGACGUGUACCGGGGCCCGGCCAUCCGCGCCCUCUGCAGGAUCACCGACACCACCAUGCUGCAGGCCAUCGAGCGCUACAUGAAGCAGGCCAUCGUGGACAAGGUGCCCAGCGUGUCCAGCUCAGCGCUGGUCUCCUCCCUGCACAUGGUGAAGAUGAGCUACGACGUGGUGAAGCGCUGGGUGAACGAGGCCCAGGAGGCCGCCUCCAGUGACAACAUCAUGGUCCAGUACCACGCCCUGGGGCUGCUCUACCACCUCAGGAAGAACGACCGGCUGGCCGUCUCCAAGAUGCUCAACAAGUUCACCAAGUCGGGCCUCAAGUCCCCGUUCGCCUACUGCAUGCUGAUCCGCAUCGCCAGCAAGCUGCUGGAGGAGACGGAGGGGGGUCACGACAGCCCGCUGUUUGACUUCAUCGAGAGCUGCCUGAGGAACAAGAACGAGAUGGUGGUGUACGAGGCCGCCUCGGCCAUCGUGCACAUGCCCACCUGCAGCGCCCGGGAGCUGGCGCCCGCCGUCUCCGUGCUGCAGCUGUUCUGCAGUUCACCCAAAGCAGCCUUAAGAUACGCUGCAGUCAGGACCCUCAACAAGGUGGCGAUGAAGCACCCGUCCGCCGUGACCGCCUGCAACCUGGACCUGGAGAACCUGAUCACGGACUCCAACCGCAGCAUCGCCACGCUGGCCAUCACCACGCUGCUGAAGACGGGGAGCGAGAGCAGCGUGGACCGCCUCAUGAAGCAGAUCUCCUCCUUCGUCUCCGAGAUCUCCGACGAGUUCAAGGUGGUGGUGGUUCAGGCCAUCAGCUCCCUCUGCCAGAAGUAUCCCAGGAAGCACAGCGUCAUGAUGAACUUCCUGUCCAACAUGCUCCGUGACGACGGGGGCUUUGAGUACAAGCGUGCGAUCGUGGACUGCAUCAUCGGGAUCAUCGAGGAGAACCCGGAGAGCAAGGAGACGGGGCUGGCCCACCUGUGCGAGUUCAUCGAGGACUGCGAGCACACGGUGCUGGCCACCAAGAUCCUGCACCUGCUGGGCAAGGAGGGCCCGCGCACCCCCGCCCCCUCCAAGUACAUCCGCUUCAUCUUCAACCGCGUGGUGCUGGAGAGCGAGGCCGUACGAGCAGCGGCGGUCAGCGCCCUGGCCAAGUUUGGAGCCCAGAAUGACGACCUGCUGCCCAGUGUCCUGGUGCUCAUGCAGAGGUGUAUGAUGGACAGUGACGAUGAGGUGCGUGACAGAGCCACCUUCUACAUGAACGUCCUGCAGCAGAAGCAGAAGGCCCUGAACGCCGCCUACAUCUUCAACGCAGGUCUGUCCGUGUCGGUCCCGGGGCUGGAGAAGUCUCUGCACCAGUACACGCUGGACCCCUCAGAGAGACCCUUCGACAUGAAGAGCGUCCCCCUGGCCACCACCCCCAUCUCAGAGCAGAAGUCAGACAUGGCGCCUAUAGCCACCAGCAAGAUGCCGGAGAAGAUGGCCCCCUCGCGCCAGGACAUCUACCAGGAGCAACUGGCGGCCAUCUUGGAGUUCCAGGGCCUGGGGCCGCUGUUCAAGUCGUCGGAGGCGGUGCAGCUGACGGAGGCGGAGACGGAGUACGUGGUGCGCUGCGUCAAGCACACCUUCGCCCAGCACAUGGUGUUCCAGUUCGACUGCACCAACACGCUCAACGACCAGCUGCUGCAGAAGGUGGUGGUGCAGAUGGAGCCCUCAGAGUCUUACGAGGUGCUGCACUACAUCCCGGCGGCCAACCUGCCCUACAGCCAGCCGGGCUCCUGCUACAGCCUGGUGCGGCUGCCUGAGGAGGACCCCACCGCCGUGUCGUGUACCUUCAGCUGCACCAUGAGGUACCUGGUGAGAGACUGCGACCCCAACACCGGUGACCCCGACGACGACGGCUACGAUGAUGAAUACGUGCUGGAGGACCUGGAGGUGACGGUCGCGGACCACAUCCAGAAGGUUCUGAAGCCUAACUUCGGUGCGGCCUGGGAGGAAGUAGGAGACGAGUUUGAGAAGGAGGAGACGUUCGCGCUGGCUUCAGUCCGCACUCUGGACGAGGCGGUCGGGAACAUUGUGAGCUUCCUGGGCAUGCAGCCGUGCGAGCGCUCGGACAAAGUCCCCGAGAACAAGAACUCCCACGUCCUCUUCCUCGCUGGUGUGUUCCGCGGGGGUCACGACCUGCUGGUGCGUGCCCGUCUGGCGCUGUCGGACGGCGUCACCAUGCAGGUGACGGUUCGCGGCGCCGACGAGACGCCCGUCGACGUGAUCCUGGCGUCGGUCGGCUAGACCCCCCCCCCUCGUCCCCCCCACACACGACCAAAUCAUCGCCCAGUUAUCUAUACCCCCCCCCCCCCCCCCCCCCCCCUUUUCUUAUCCACGUCGGCACUCUACACUUUGACGUCCUUGCGGCGGUCGACUCUGUGCAGUUCUGUUUCUGUUGUUGUGAUGCAGGAGUUAAUGAACGGAUUAAUACGAUUAAAUAAAGAACCUGUCAAUGAA